CAACAGAUAAAACAUUGCUAUUCAGUGUAUGAACUAACUUUGUGACUUAACUAUGUAGAUAAAAACAACUGCAAAUCAACUGAUAAGAUUUAUUUCUAUGAUUGUUUUAUGAAGGAAUAGUUGGAGAGAGCAAGAUCUAGAGCUAGACUAAAUUUUGUACGAUGCAGAUCACGUUGCUUCUUCUUCUGUCCUGUGCAGGGCUUAGUUUAAGUGCUAUUUGGUUUGGAAGAGGUGAAUGUCCCGGUGGUCAUAAGUUGGGAGAUACUUGGAGAUCUGAAGGAGCCUGUGAAAGAUGUGAAUGUCAAGAUGGUGGCUUCUACUGUGCUGGAUGCGGUGUGUACGCACUGACCUACGACAAUGUGAACUGCUACGACUAUCGCGACAUGAGCAAAGACUACCCCGACUGCUGUACUCCUCUUCUUAGGUGCAGGGGGGAGCCAGGAUUUAAUGAGACUCUCCUAAAAAACUGAUGAACACAAGUAUUUAACUUUAAAAAAAAAACAGUCUUCAUCUAUAGGCUUUGCACUUGAUACAAUUUGAAAAUGUACAUGAUGGUCGAUGUAAAAUGUCUACUAUAGGAAUAAUCAAAACAUAUAAAACAUAUCACCAGAUGAGGAUUUAUUAUCAAUAAACAAGUCCACAUUUUAAA